AUGUCAUCAACAACUAUUGGUAACGUAUCAUUUAUUGCCGGCAGUACAACUGAAAGACAAGCCUAUGCUCGACAUUAUGCAAACCAAAGUAUUCAAGAUAUUGAUAUGAUGUUUGUCGCGGGUUCAAUUGAUUCUCCAGCAGCUCUUAUUCCAACAGAUAUUCCUGGUUUUAAACAAGUUCAAUUUCAGCAAGUACAACGAUCAGGUGGUCUAUCUUAUCUGACACCAACACUAAAUUCCAAUGGAGUGUUAUGCCUUAAUGGUUUAAAAAUGAAAGAACAUUGUUGUAGAAAUGGGACAACACCUGAAAUAGGCGGAGUGGGGAUGCUUACAGUACAAUGUCAAACAGAUUCUGCAGCUGCUUCUGUUGCCGCAGAACAGAAAAUUAGAGCGAAACUGAACGUGCUAGAAUCAUUUUACAGUUUUCGAAGGAUGCAACCAUUAUUACCACCUAAUUUAUUAAAAGAACGUUUUUAUAAAUUUUCUUACAAUUAUUUGGAAAUUAUGCGUUGCUUUAUAAUACCAAUCAUUACAAGUGAACAUACACAAGAUGUAGGAACAGAAUUGAAUAUGAAUGAACAACGUCUUUAUGAUUUAUUCAAUAUGAUUGGUUCUGCUUACGGUUAUCGUUUACCUCAAAAACUUAAACGACAAUUACAAUUAAUAUUGGAUUUUUAUGAUAAACAUAAACAUUUGUCAGAUUCUGGUAACCAUAAAGAGAUAAUUAACUAUCUUACUUAUUGUAUGCCGAAAGAUGUGGAUUUUGUUCCGGCUAUUGAAAUCAAAGGUUUUUGGCCGGAUGACGUUAAAUGGUUUUUUGAACGAUUUAAAAAAAAUCGUCCAUUUUUGUAUGACGAAUUAAUAUCGACCACAUCGAUGCAUCUUAUAGCUAAAUGGCCAAAAAAAACGUCGAACACCGAUGAAGAACUCGGAUUUCGUUAUUCGUUUUCAGCUCUGGAACGUUUCAUCGCACAAAAACGUACUGAAAAUGAACAAGUCUUAAAUGGUAUCGCCCGAUCCAUUUACUAUCGUUACCUGAAAACGACGCGUAAUCUGAUACCGUCGUAUUUUGUUAAGACAACGGUAUUAUGGAUGUGUGAAACAAUGUCUGAUUUAAUCAAUAAUAUUGUUGCGGAUAAUCCAGAAUCUGUAGCACAACAACUUGGCUUUGAAUGGAUCAAGUUUGCUACAAAACAAUUACAGCAGGGUAUUUGUUCACAUUAUUUUAUUGAAAAUCUAAAUCUACUUGAACCCUAUACACAAGAAUUAUUGAAUGAAGCAUGCGAUAUCCUUCACUAUAAGGUCAAUUUAGAUGAAAUGGUCCAAUUCGAGUUUAUGAAAAUACGCAAACAAAUGACUGAAGGUAUGAACAAAAAAAUUGAACAAUUUAUACGACAAAUAAAAGUCGUUGAUUUAAUAGAAGCAGUGAAUGAUUAUCAUAAAAUGAAACAUUUGUGGUCAUUAACUAUUGGUGAUAACAACAACAAUGAUGACAACGAUAAUGCUAUACUAUCAUGUUUGUCAAUAUUAAAUGUAUUGGGUACUGCUGCCGACAGCCAACAAAGUUGGACCCUGUUUCGCAAAUUAAUAAUUAAAAAUGACGAAGAGGAUGAACAACGGGAACCACCGGUGUGGGGCGAAAAUGUGACAUUAUGGGGUCCUGUAGAUUUUACCGAAAAUUUACUUAUUUCUGUUUUUCUACUAAAAGCAACAAAUGCAACUUUAAUUAGUGCAAAAUUUACUGAUUCUCAUUGUAUGGAAUAUCAUCAACAUGAUAUUCAAGGUUUUCAAAGUAUUGUACAAGAUGUUAGGAACCCGGCUAAUAGGAUGCAUAAUAUUAUAUCAACAUUUGGUCCAGUAUACACUGAUUCUUUAUUUGGUAUUGACGAAAAUUGA